AUGAAUAUUGUUUACUAUGCUAGAUUCUGUCAGUUAAUAUUCUCUUACUGUUUUCCUAAUGUGCCUAUUCCUGAAGAAGGAAAUGAGUUGCCCUUUAAACUAACCAAGAGGGCAUUCACUGAUUUGAUUAAAAAGGACAGUAAGAAACCACAAGUACCUGUUUUUGCUGUUCCUGUAACUGUACAGGACAAAUUGAAGCUGGUAAUGCCAGAAAAGUAUGAUCCCAUAUUCUCUGAUGAGAAUAUACCUUCUUCUUCCCACCAGCCAAAAGAUGUACCAUCCUCUGGUCCUUCCCAAAAAGGGCCAGUUGUAAAAUCUGACCGACAACCAUCCUCUGGGCCUUCCGAAAAAGGGCCAGUUGUAACAUCUUCACCUACCAGGGUGCUGAGGUCUUCAAAAUCACCAUCCAAACCAUCUCCUCCACCUAGGAAGAGAAGAUUUUUGCAGCAGAUCUCAGACUCUGAUUCUGACAAAGAACCAGUCCCCCCUCCUCUUGUCUCCAGGCCAAGGAAGAAGAUCAAGCCCACAUCCACAAUCACUGAUCUUACUGUGGACCCUCCUCAGGAAUCCAUGGUUAACCCUCUUGAGAUGGUCACAGUCUCUGAUCCUGUAAUGGUAGAACCAUUAUCUGCAGUACCUCUAACAACUUCUUCAGCACAUACUCCAGAAGCACAUAAUGCAGAAGCAAUUGUAUCCACUCCAGAAGCAAUUGUGACUACACCAGAUAUAGCUCAGGAAACUCUGAUUCAUGUUGAAGAUCCUGUUGCAGCUCCUGAUCAGGAGAUCUUAAGAACUGCAAACUCUGAGGAAGCUACAGCUCCUCUGUGUUCUCAUACUAUCAGCAUCAAAGCUCAUGAUGAUGAUGAUGAGACUGAAGUAACCUCUGUUCCACCUGUUAACUCAGGAUCUCUUAUAGCUGAAAUCUCAGCUUUGCUCAGAGAAAGCAUCUCAGUCAGGGAAGAUUCUCCAAUUCCAACAUUCUCUCCAAUCAAAGAUUCUUCACCUGUCAAAGUCUCUUCACCUGUCAGAGAUUCUACACCAGCUCCUGAUUCUGAAAUUCCUCACCUUGUGUCUACAAAGAGCAAGGUCUGUACAUUGACUUACACCAGGAAUAUGCACAGAGCCUCAUCCUCUUCUGUGGAAGCCAGGCUGUCUUCUAUUGAAUCCACUCAGAGAUCAAUGCAGCAAACUCUGGCUGACUUGAGCUCAUCUGUGGCUCAGCUGGUACAAUUUCUCAACUCCAAUGCUUUGAAUUCUAAUGAUGUCAAAAAGGGGGAGAAAGUACUUAAAGACAAAUGCAAGGUUGAUCAGCAAUAG